AUGGCUCACGAAAUGGCGCGUGAGACCGCAGCCGGAGGUGCAAAAGAUCCCACGCGGGCGGGGCCUGCCCCACCCCCUAGAGGAAGCCAACCAAUCAGACUGGCCAACGACGACGAAGAGAUGGACGGCGACGAGACAGACGACGAUGAACGGCGGCGAGUUUGGCAAUGGUCCAAAUCCCAUAAGGUAGAAAAGGAGAGGGAGAAGAACAACAAUAACUGGGUCGACCCGGCAGCGCUUCGGAAGAUUGUCUUAGAGGCUAUAGCGAAGGUAUUCGAGGAGAAGGUGGCGAAGGCUAUGGAGGAAGCCUGCAAGGAGGUCCAGGAAGUGCGAAGGGAGGUCCAAGAGAAAGGGGGAGCUCCGGCGGCCCCGGCAGCGACAACGGCUCAGGCACGGUCCUAG